AGUCCCCAGCAGGAUGGCGGGCGGAGCGGAGCACGACGACUUUGGGGGCAGCCUCCCGACCGUCAACUCCCUGAACGCCUCCUUAUCGCAGGCAUCGGCGGCCGUCCCGUCCCCUCGCUACCUGCCCUGUACCCCCGGGGAGCGUAAGGCCAUCUCUGACGUCCGGCGGACCUUUUGCCUCUUCGUCACCUUCGACCUGCUCUUCAUCUCCCUGCUGUGGAUCAUCGAACUCAAUACCACAAACACUAUCUGGCAGAACCUGAAGACUGAGGUGGUGCACUACAACUUCAAGUCCUCCUUCUUUGACAUCUUUCUCCUGGCACUGUUCCGUUUUGUGUCUCUGCAGAUUGGCUACGCUGCCCUGCGACUGAGGCACUGGUGGGUCAUAGCGAUCACCACGCUGGUGACCUGCGCCUUCCUCAUCGCGAAAGUCAUCCACUCCAAUCUGCUAUCCCAGAAUGUCUUUGGCUACGUGAUUCCCAUCGCCUCCUUUGUGGUGGCAUGGCUGGAGACCUGGUUCUUGGACUUCAAGGUGUUCACUCAGGAAGCCCAGGAUGACAGAGCGUACCUGGCAUCCCUUCAUGCAGCAUGUGAGCGUGGCCCCAUGCUGUAUCCUCGCGCCGUGUCUGACGGACAGUUCUACUCCCCACCAGAGUCCCUGGCAGGGUCUGAGGAGGAGUUGGAUGAGGAGGGGCUAGGCCGCAGGGUAGUCACUGCACAGGAGAAGGAGUUUGUGCGGCAGGGCCGGGAGGCCAUGGCAGUCGUGGAUCAGAUCCUCUCCCAGGAGGAAAACUGGAGGUUGGAGAAGAACAAUGAACUUGGUGAUGCCGUUUACACUAUGGAGAUCCCCUUUUAUGGCAAGACCUUCAUUCUUAAGGCCUUUAUGCAGUGCCCAGCGGAGCUGGUGUACCAGGAGGUCAUUCUGCAGCCAGAGAAGAUGGUUCAGUGGAACAAGACGGUCUCUGCCUGCCAGAUCCUGCAGCGUGUGGAUGACAACACAAUGGUGUCUUAUGAUGUCUCCGCUGGAGCAGCAGGGGGAGUUGUUUCCCCCAGGGACUUUGUCAAUGUGCGGCGUGUGGAGAGCAGACGGGACCGCUACGUCUCAGCGGGGAUGGCCACCAGUCACGAGGCCAAGCCGCCCCAGAGCCGCUUCGUCAGGGGUGAGAAUGGGCCGGGGGGAUUUGUGGUCCUCAAGUCCAGCAGUAAUCCAACUGUGUGUACUUUCAUCUGGGUCCUCAACACAGACCUCAAGGGCCGACUCCCCCGUUACCUAAUCCACCAAAGCCUAGCUGCCACCAUGUUUGAAUUCAUGGUCCACUUGCGCCAGCGGAUUAGCAGCUUGCACUCUACUGUGUAUUAAAACACAGCAUUAACUCAGCAUACAGCACCACCCCUGGCUGGGAGGUGGCAGUGCAACCAGUGGAGCAUUGAGCCAUUAACUUUACUCCAACAUUGUGGUUGGGAUCGUUAAGCCAAAUGAACUCUCACUGAGCCCCACUCAGAAAGAGGGAGAAGAGCAUUUGUGUAUCAUUGAUCUGAGGGAUCCAUGUUUUGUUCAUUUCUGUCCCUGGCACUGGUGGGUGGAGUAUUAAUAUCCCAUCACUGAAACAUCGUGUAAUAGUGGGCAAGGCAUGGAAAUGAUCUGUAAACCUCACUGGAGUUGACCUUAAUAGUGAUGGAUCGAGAUAAACUACACUGCGAUGCAUGGGAUUUUUGACUUUUGCUAGAAGAGAACUCAUUGGACCUGCAUCCAUUUGCUUAAUUGUUUGUGCCUUCAGUGAUGGAAUGAUCAGUCAGGGCCUGCUUCCUGAUUCUCAUGCUGUCUUAACGUGACUGUUUAUGUGGCAUUGUGUGUGUUUGCCUUGAUCACACACCGGCGGUAUAUAAGUGUGGACUGGCGCGUUUGCAGUUAUGUCCUCGUAUCAUCAGCGCAGCAGUUGAGCAGUUCGAACACAGGAAGCAUCUCAUAAUCUGAACUUUCACAAUGAUAGUUGAGAGGAAGGUAUUUCAGUGUCUGUCUUCCUGUCCCACACCUGAAGCCUCUCAGGAAGAAGGUGGCCAGAACUGAAGUCUGUAUUCCUCUUUCCAGUUAUAGGUCCCCUGGACAAAAUUUUACUUUCUUUCGUAUUUUACUCUCUUUACUUACAUGCUGUACAUUGCCUCCGACUUAUUCUUAACAGUGACUUAAUUCCAAAAUGUGAGAUGUCAUCUUUAAAAAUGAUUUGUUUGAAUUUUGAUAAAUGGAUAUGGGCACAACCAGCAACAGACUGCAAACUGUUGUUAACUGGCUUCAAAUAUGUUGAGUAUUGGUCCUGAUUCCAUUACUUGAAGGACUUUGCAUAACUGAACUUAAAUACAAGAAUACAGAAAGUAAACCAUGCACA